AUGUUUGUCAUGUCGACAACUACCAACAUGGUUGAUGCCCAACAACAUGUUAACCCAAUCUGGUGGGCCAGUUAUUGUGAUGCCAACAAUAAUACCAUUGUCAAGUGUCCAACACCAUCCACCUACAACUGGUUGGCUUACGAGCAAAUGAACGGCAACACCUGCUACAACUACACCGACACAUGUAAUGACAAGCCCACUGCCCUCGUCGCUCUCAGACUCAUCAGCAACAACGGAAAGACCGCCCAAUUUAGCACCUACAAGAACAUAACCUCCUGUGUCAACAAUGAACCAGCUGACUUUGUCAUGACAACCACCUGUAAUUCCUGCGACCCCAAGGAUGGCAACACCUUGUUGUGCACACUCUCCAACUCUGCCUCUACAUUGGUCUCCUUUGGAGUGAUCACCAUUGUUGGUGUCGUGUCCACCAUGCUUUUCCUCUAA